GUGAUGUGUUCGCCGUUUUAUCUCCUCCUCUGGCCACAUGAAAAUGGCCACGCAACUGCAUUCCCGCACAUCCUGCUGCCCCUGUGCGCUGUCAGCCUGUAGCCCCGCACACACGCUGCAGCAGCGUUUACCCCGUGGUACUGACACGUUAACAGCCCGUGUGCAUAAGAGAGUACAAUCCGAGCCAUUAUUACUGUCGGGAGAGACGUAACUUUCCCCGAGAGAAGUGGGCAAAUAAGAUCCAGUGUUACCAGUCCGCCACCUAGCUGCGGAGACGCGCCGACGAAGAUCUGUCGACUGUAUGAUUAUGAAAACACCCGCGCCAAUGUUGUUGCACAGUAGGCUCCGCGCUGCGAUGGGACUGAAACUCGGUUUUAGAAGGUGUUUUAACCUCCGCUGGCCGUAGUUAUGUAACCAAAGAAACAUCUAAUGCACCAAAAGCUUGGGAUCGCUGUUGGUGCGAAGGGGGAGAGCAGGACAGCAACACCUUAACCUCCUGCCUAAACGCAGUUGGCUCCGGGACGCGCUCUCGGGACAGGAGAGAGAGAUCUUCCUUCGCUGGAUGAAGGAGACUAACUGUUUAUGGACUGUUACAGGAUACUCUUCUGAAAAAUCUCUGGACUGGAACUGUUCUUCUUGCAUUCACUCCUAAAUCACCCAAGUUCACCAGAGUCCUUUAAAAGCAUUUUAUACUGGAAAUCCAAAAGCGUUGUUCUACUCCCCCCUAACUUCUCUGAUGGACCAGAGAGUGAAGGGGGGAACCCCUCCGACUACAAACUCCACUCUGGAUCCCACCUCUGCACCUGAAGACUCCAAGAGGGACGAAGUGGCAGAGAAGAAGAGGAGAGCCGAGGGUGAAAAUGGAGACAUCGUGGAAAAAGAGGGAGAAAAAAGAGGGGCAGGAAAAAAGAGGGACGGAGACAAGGGGGCAGUGCUGGAGGUACUGAUCGAGGGGCGCUGUGGAAGUGCAGGGCAGCAGCAGCUACAGAUCUCCAGUAAGGAGACAAGCUGCCCUGAGGGGAACGUAAGACUCCGGAUUGGACUCCAAGCCAAACGCACAAAGAAACCGCCCAAGAUUUUGGAGAGCUAUGUCUGCAAACCUACUAUUAGGACCUAUCAGAGACAAGGCAGGGGGGCACAGCUGAGGGGAGAUGGGGAAGGAGGAGUGGGCCAGCAGAAUAAAACCAGCUCUAUUCCAGACAAGGCAACCAGAGAUCAACACUCAAGCUCGGAUGCUGUCCAGACCACAUCAAAGCAAACGGCAUCUGCUGCUUCCCCACAGCUUGGACUAUCCUCAUCGUCAUCAUCGUCCUCACAGCCACCACCUUUAUCAACAACAUCACCUACAGUGUCCACCCCCGCCUCAGCUUCUACCACAGCCAGUCAAGGGACCAAGUCAGCCAAACAGGUCCCUGUCAAGCUGGCCGAUAAGACUGAGGUAAACUCAAAUGGCUCAUCUGAGAGAGUGAAGAAAGAGAAGCUCAGCGGUGUCAAUGGCCAGCCUGUUCCUGCAGGGCAUAAACCUUGUUCCCCAACAGCUGACCAGACAACAUCAAAUACUCCUUCCAGCCCAAGCUUCCAAGUCCUGUCUGCAUCAGAAACCAAAAGUGAGGGGAAGACCUCCAAGAAGCAUAAUGGUUUGGUUCAGACGCCAAAACAAAAGGGAUUAUCCAAUGGGAAAGGCUCUGCCGACCUCAUGGGCACUUCUGCUUCGUCAAAAAUCAAAGCUGGAAAACCAAGCAGUUCCACCCCUGUUUCUUCUGUGGACUCUUUGACAAAACCUCCAGUCUCUAAAGAACUCAGCCUGUCCACUAAGAGUGGGCCAGACUCUCCUUCUUUUACCUCAGUCACCCCUAAACCACAGUCCUCCCCUGCUGUGGAUCCCUCUGCUGCCCAGUCCCCAGAGCAGGAUCCACCAUUACAGCCCUCAGUUGAGAAAAAAAGAGAGAAAGACAGGAAAGGAAAGAAAGAGAAAAGGAAAGACAAAAAGUCAAAGCGAGAUAGACUUGAGACUGAAAGAGCAAAAAGUGAAAGUAGAAAGGAAGAGAGCAAGAAGAAAAAGAAAGGGAAGGAUGGGAAAUCAAGACAUGGCAAAGUAAAGGAUGACAAACAUAAGACUGAGGAAUCUUGGAGGGAUGAACUCAAAACUGACAGAGGAAAGGCUGAGAACAAGAGGGAUGAGCUUAGCCCAGAAAGAGAAAUAACAGAGGAAAGUAAUUCAAACUGUGGUGAAACAGUUGUUGCUAGUAAAAUAGACAAAAACUGUAAAUUAGUCAAUACAGGCAGACUUGAUGAGAUAAACAAGGCAGACGACAGUUGCAAGCCAGUAAAGCAAGCUGAGCCAGCAACAGGUGACGCCAGUAAAUCAAAGGAACAAGACGUCUCAAGACAUUCAACUGUGCCUCCAAGCCACCCCUCUUCUUCUGCUCCUCCCUCUCUGCCCAAUCCUUCAGCCCGUGUCCCUGUUUCCCCCCCUUCUUCCCCGAGAGAGCAGGACAGCCGACCCCUUAAGAAGCGCAAAGCCAGACGGCCCAGCUGGACCAAGCUGGUGCACCGGGCCCAGAGAGUGGAAAAUCAGGAAGCCCCCUCAGAUUCCCAGCAUAAUUCGUUGCAAAAUUUUCCCCAGAACCCCAAGACGUUGCUCUCUGCCAAAGCCACUGUUCAGCAGACUGAUGAGUCACAUGCAGCAUCCUCUAGCUCCUUAACCAGCUCCUUCCCUACAAAACCUCCUUCCCCAAAGCAAACUCACCCAGCAUCAGAUCCUAGCCCUCCUGCUCCCAGAUGCCCUGUAACUUCUGCACGGAAAAGAGGACGACCCAAAUCUCAAAGCUCUAACAUAGAUGAACCUCCCCCUAGGCUUUCACCGAACACUUUCCCGACUGAGGUGCCUCCUCAGGGAGGUGAUGGUGUCCAAAAAGCCCCCAUGUUGGAGCCAAGCUCCACCUUGCAGAGUGCCACUCAGUCUAUAACCAGCCCCAAGAAGCGUGGCCGUCCACCAAAAAGGCCCCUCCAAGAGGACCAAAGUGAAGAUGCACUGAAUCGCACUGAUGACACGGACAGAAGUAAAGAUUUGAAUCCUCCUGAAAAGGGGAACAGGCAGCUAAAGAUCAGGAGACUGAUUAAUGAGAUGAAGAAAAGAAAGAAAAGGAGGCUUCACAAAGCUAUGCUGUCUGGAUAUGCUAGAAAGGAAGGAAGGGGAAGUGAGGCAGCAGAUAAGGAGACCUCUGUGAGAAUGUGUAAAUCGAUUGAGGCAACAACAGUACACACGCUCUCAGCCCUGUCAUCCUCCUUUGGGAGUAAGCUGGGCCCUCAGAUCAAUGUGAGCAAGAGAGGGACCAUCUACAUGGGCAAAAGAAGAGGACGCAAGCCUAAAGCCCAAACCCAUUUAACAACACAAUCCAAGAACUCCACCCAGUCAUCUCUGUUUGCCAAUCCCUCUGAAACAUCCAUCUUCUCUAACCAGCCUAACUCUCACCCAUUUCCCUCCCCAUCUCUCACCCACUCCAGUGGAGCCCAGAGUCCGUACAGCGAAGGCAGCCUCACAGAACCAACAUCCUCUCUACUUUUCUCCCAUCCAUUCUCCCUCCCCUCCCCAUCCUCAUCCUGCACAUCACCUCGCCCUCCUUCAUCCUCAUCCCUCUCUCCCUUUGUGAAGAAGAGCUGUCCAUGUCAGGGUAGGCAUCAUUUCCCCUUCCACCAGUCCUCAUGUAAGCUCUCCUGUCCCACCCCACCUCUUCAUCACACACCAGGCUCCCCUGGCCACCUGAAAGAGGCCACGCCUUCCCCCAGGAGUGAGUCACACAGCGAAGAGACGCUGCCAAGUGAUAGUGGGAUCGGGACUGACAACAACAGUGUUUCUGAGCGAGGAGAGCUGCGGGGAGCUCGGGGGUUGCUCAGGUUGGGCCAGGGUUCAGGAGUGAUUCUGGGAAGUCAAAGGCAUCCCUCUGCUCUUGUGGAUCGUCCAUCUCCUGUUUCUUCACCUCUUUCACACAUACCCAGACAAACAAACCCAAUCACCAGUGCACCUUCCUUAGAGCGCCACAGACACAGGCACAGGCGGAGGGAUUACGACUGUUCCUCUUGCAGCUCUUGCUUGUGCCCAUGCCCCUGCCAAGGACAUAACAAAUGCACUCAUUCAGACUUUUUUCCUUGUCUUGGGCAUAAUGCACUGAAGAGACAGAAAAAUAAACAUAAGAAGAAGCACCAGCAGCUUCACAUGCCUGAUCCAGAAUUCCUAGCAGAGCUGGAAGAUCUGAUUGGGCAGUUCAGUGAGGUCCAUAUUGGACGCCGAAGUUGGGCUCGGACAGGUUUUGCACAAGGCUUUGAUGGGAGUGGGAAUCCUGCUGGAGGAAGACGCCACCACUCGUCACACUCCCUUCGCUCUAACAUCUUCAGGAUCAAUCUGAAUGGCUUCUACUCCCCUCACCCUUCAUCUUACUCGGCUAAUCCUUCCUUCUCCCCGCACCCUUUCUACCCCUGCCAGCCUGUGCAUUGCAAUAGGAAGCCGGAUCGCAGGCAAUGUGGCUGCCCUUCAAAAUUCCAGGAGACCAUUGAAAAUAUGGGUUUUUACAGCAGCUAUCCCCCAACCACUGCACUUUAUCACCAUCUCCCAAGCUCCUAUCCUCUUCCUUCUACACAUCAGUACACCACCCAUCAGCCCCAUCAUGCCCACUUCUUCCUGAACCCUGCCAGAUUCCACAGGCGGAGGAACAGGUUGCUUAGGGAGGGGGCUUUAGGGGGAGAGAUUGAUGGAGAUAUAGAAAGAGGCAGUGGAGGAGGUCAACAUCUGAGCUCAGGUUUCACAUCCAGCCUUGGCUGUGGCUGUGGGAGAAGCGAACAUAAACACAAGCAUAAGCACCGUCACAGGCACUGUGAGCGAGAACUGGAUGAAGAGGAGGACUUACGUGAGGAUGAGGAGGAAGUCGGAAUGGAAAGAGAGGGGUUGGCUAGUUCAAAGGCUAGGUCAGGGUUCAUUUUGGGGCAAGGGGAUGGAGGAAAGAAAGGGGCGAGAGGGAUGGGGAGGAUGUUGUCUAAAGAAUUGCCUUGGUUGUGUGACAAGAGAAAUGAUUCCUUCUCUUCCCCUACUGCUGUCACAUCAUCAUCAUCAUCGUCUUCUUCAGCUGAGAGGUACAAACACACAUCCCUUACCUCACUGGGUCUAGGUUCCUCUCACCUAUCCUCGUUUGGAGGAGGUUGGGGCGGUAUAGGUCAGAGUUGGACAAAAUUUGGGAGCCUGGGAGGUGUGGGGUUUGGAAACUCAAACCCGAGCUGGAAAGGCCCGACUGGGGAGCAGCACAAAGCCCAACUGGUAGAUUCAGACGCAGAGGAUGAGGAUGGUGAAGACAUUCAUGAGUCAGAUCUGUAUAGGAGGUCCCCAUCUCCAACACACACCAACCUUUUUACUACUGCUGCCAUGGCAACAGGGGGGCGAGGUCUGAGGAGUGGAUUGGCCAGUCGGAGUCCAGGAUUAGGAGACAGGUCAUUGAGAAGAGACCAGCCAGCAUGGUCAGAGAGGAGAGACACAGGUUUACAAGGUGACUCAAGAAGCCAGGGGCAGCAAAAAAAUGUGCCAACCUCAGACAGUGUGGCAGGGAGGAACAAAAGAGGACCAGGACGGCCAAGAAAAUACCCACUGCCCUCCUCUGUAUCCUCCCCCACACACUCUUCUGCGGCUCCCUCCAUGUCACCAACCGACCUCUUGCCAGGGCACAGCCACAACAGAGAUGGGAGAGAAGUGGGUGGGAAAAGGGAAGAAAGAAGGUCAGAGAAUGAUGGCAUGAGCGAUAAACUGCAGCAGGUGACGGAGUUGGAGCUGCAGGCCAGGAGGAAGAGAGGACGAAAGAGAAAACACGGUGACUCUCCCUGUCAUCAGAGCAUCACUGAGGACAAACCCGAGUGUGACACCCCUCCUGAAUGUAUCAGCCAAUCAGAGGUUGACCAGGCUCCAUCCCAGCCAAUCAUCAUCCAAAGAGAGGAGCGAGCUGACGGUCCACCUAAGAAGAAGUUUCUGAGGGCAGGUCUUUACUCGGAUGACUACAAAACAACAGAUCCUCCCUCCCAGCAGUCGAGUAGAGAGAGUCUGGAUUACAUACCAGGGGAGCGUGAAUACAGCCUUUUACCCGCUCCCAUACAUGUUGGGAAGUACCUAAGGCUGAAGAGGAUUCAUUUCCAGCUACCUUAUGAUGUCAUGUGGCUGUGGCAGCAUAAUAAGCUUCAAAAGCAGCCAGCUGUCCCACUGAAGAGGAAGAGGCGUUACUGCCGGCUAAAGGAAAGGCCUUCAUCCUCUUACCAAACAGCGGAGGAGAGCACGAGUGACAUCACCAGCCUUUUCCCUCACCUGGAUAUGGAGCCUUUGACUUGCAGUGAGAGGAGCUUUGUGGUGAAGCAGCAUGUGUUCCUCAUGAGGAACUGGGAGCUGGUGAGAGACAGACAGAUCCGACUGAGGAUAGCGAGGGAGAGGGAAAGAGACCCCAAAGACAGAGAGGAGAGGGACUGUCCACGUCUGUCCUGUGAUGGAGCCAGUGGGGACAACGGCCACAUCAAGUCAGAUCAGCAAGUGGGGGUGGAGGUGACGGUUAUCAGCAAUGACCCCCACCAUCAGAGUCAGGACACCUCCAGCUCACUCACUGCCAGCCCCUGUUCAACCAAAAACCAGAACAGACUAGAGGAGGGGGAGGAAGAGGAGGAAAAACGAGAGGAGGACGAAUUCUGCAGCAGAGAACAGAGGAGGAAACGGCUGAAUGAUUUACUUUUGACCCUGCAGCAUUCAUAAGCUAAUGAAAAGCGGUGGGAACACUCUGAAAAAAGGGACCAGGCCCACCACAGACGGACGAGAACUGAUGUCACAACACUGCUAUUAACAAUAGCAGUGCCUCUAAGAACAAGUGAGAAAAAAAAGGGAGACGAGAGCUUGGGAAUUAUAGCGGCUGAAAAUGCAAGAAAGACAUCUCGCACACUGACAGAUGAGUGUGUUGAACCUAGCGCUCUGAAGGGCAUCACACCAAGGAUGAAACCAUGGCAACACAUCCUUUGUCCAAACGGCGAGGGAUGAUGAGAGAUAGACCAUCCCGGAUGAAAAAGAAAGAAAGAAAGAAACAGACCAGCUGAAAGGAAUUUGCACUAGUGCUGGAUGAACAAGCACACUAAAGACUGUAUGUAUGCAGAGUGGGCACACUAUAAAAGCACCACGCAUACACUUUGAUUGCUCUUACUUCGGCACCUUAAGCAAACUGGGAAGACACAACUUUGGUCGGAGAGUGGACAUAUAUGGUACUCAGCAUUUCGGCUCAGAAGUUUCCAAGGGAUGAGGAAAAGAAAAAUCCAGGAGGGAAGAAAAAUGUAGCCCUAAGUAGGUCAAAAUUGAGCCCUCAUUUAAUCGUUAAGCUUUCAAAGUCACACUGCACCUUUGGGAAAAUGACACGAGGAGGAGUGAACCAGUUAAAAAGCUGUUGAGACAGUGUUAGGGUUUUUUUCUUCACUUUACCAAGACAGUGUCUGCUAUGUACUAGUGAAUAGGCUGGGUAGGGAGGGAGGGAGGCAGGGGUGGGCUUAGUGAUAGGAAUUUUGGCAUCACUGCAAGAGAAUUUCUAAUGAGGUUUUAAGAAAGAAGUUAUUUUUGAAUUAAAAAAGACAGCUUGAGUACUAUCUGCUAAAGAAAUAGACAAAGUAUAUUCAUGAGAGGAAUGUUUAUCGUUGACUAUUUUCAGUAUUGCUUCCUGGAGAGGGGGUUUAAAAAAGUGUUUUGUUUACUUCGGACUGCCUUUGAGAAUGUUUUCGCUCUUUGCUCCAGAGCAUUGACAAUCAGAAUGUCCUCGAGGGGAGGGGGGAACGAGAGAGGAAAGGGAAAGAAAAAGUCGAAUUAAUUUUCCCCAAAUGCUCUGUAGAAGUGCCAUGUUGUUGUUGUGUAUGUUACCUAAGCGAACUCAUGCAGUCUUUAAAAGCAAUAUCUCCUCUGAUAAGGACUAUAUAAGGACUUCCUUUGUUAUGUCUUUUUUAAGUUGUGAAUAUUUGAGGAUUGGAGGUUAUUUUUAUGUACAGUUGCAGAGUAGAUUGUUCUUAUUUUAGGAGCAUCUGGCUAAUUCAGUGGAAGUAAGCAUACGCGUUUAGUUUCAUGUGAAUGUACAUAGAGACCUGUUUUCCUUCUAUCAGCAGUAGCGUGUAAAAUUACUAUCAUACAUGACAAUAUUAUCAGGAUUAUACUUCAAACUUAAUAUCAAAUCUGUCAUUUUACUAACAUGUUUUUAACAGAUUAUACAGCUGACCAAUAUUUCAGUCAUUUCUCCUUAAAAUUGACUAUGAUUGUAUAUGAUUUUUUUUUCUAGAAAUACAUGAUUUGUCUCUUUUUUUAGCUGAGCGUACUUUUCGUUUUUAUAUUGGUCAGACAAUCAGUGACAGUGACUUACUUUUUUCCAGUGUUAAACUUCUGCUCUCUUUCAGUAGUGUGGCUUCUAAUAACGAGCCAAGAAAGUGCAAUUUCUUUGACUGUUUACAUACUGUAUGUAUAUUUUUCCUCUUUCCUUUUUUAACUAAGAGCACUACAUUAUUGCCAGUGGAUGAUUAACUUUAUAGCAAAGGUACACAUAAAAGAGUUAUUUAUCUAGUUUGCAUGACAUGUAACCUUUGCCUGUUGCCUCUGAUAACGUGCAUCUGAAAAAACAAAACAUCAAAAACAGAUAUAACUCAAACGCCAUAGAAUGUCAGCUCAAACUUUUUGCCUCUAUAACCACAAUAAUAAAAGCAUUUUAUGUCUACUA